AUGGUCGUUAGAUCACUUAAUGUCGAAAAUGAUCCAUUUCGUCCUUGUGGGGACAACAAAGAAGUUCUUGGUCGAGAAGUACCAUACCUCAGUGCAAUUGGAGCACUUAUGUAUCUUACGAAUUUUACGAGACCUGACAUUUCUUUUGCAGUGAACUUGUUGGCAAGAUUUAGUUCAGCUCCUAGUAAAAGGCACUGGAAUGGGAUUAAACAUAUUUUUCGAUAUCUUCGAGGUACUUUUGAUUUAGGCUUGUUUUAUCCCAACGAUUCAAAAGAAGGGUUAGUUGGUUAUGCAGAUGCAGGUUAUUUAUCUAAUCCUCAUAAAGCAAAAUCUCAAACUGGAUAUGUGUUUAAGAACGGAGGAACUGCAAAAUCUCAAACUGGAUAUGUAUUUAAGAACGGAGGAACUGCGAUUUCAUGGCGUUCUCAGAAACAAACACUUGUCGCAACAUCCUCAAAUCAUGCUGAAGUCAUUGCACUAGCUUCCAGAGAAUGUGUAUGGCUAAGAUCUAUGUCACAACACAUAGUGACUUCUUGUGGACUAGAGAAAGAUCGAAGUCCAACUCCUAUCCAUGAAGAUAAUGCCGCUUGUGUCUCUAAAAUGAAAGAAGGGUAUAUCAAAAGUGACAGAACAAAACAUAUACCACCAAGAUUUUUUUGCAUAUACUCGGGACCUUAUUAA